AGGGUUUUGUGGUGUGUCUCUCUCUGCAGCUUGUGACUGAUAUUCUAUAACACUCAGACUGAAUGUGGACACAGAGGUCAGGACAGCUGUGUGUCCUCAGAGCUGCAUGGAUAUAUAGAGAGUACCUGCAGACAGUGUCAGUGCAGUGUACAUUUUCUGGCGCCCCUGCUGCCGGAGAAUUUCCUUGAUUCUACACUUUUUUUUUUUUACAGUGUACCUGGAUCCUUCAGGUGGUCCAGCUUUUUGGCCACCUGCCCAGCAACACCUGGUAACCGAUACGGCCUCUCUGCGCAUGCGUAAUAGGCUGCCAAAAAUCCCACCGCCGUCUCGCCUGUCAACCAAUAGUGAUCCAAUCUGUCCAGAGAUAAAGUCAGAGCAGUGAGCAGUGAAGUGAAGUGAAGUGAAGUGAAGUGGAGGAUUUCAGACCUGCAGAAACACCAACUGAAGAGGAGUAAAAGAAAACAUGCCGAGGUCUUUCCUGGUGAAGAGUAAACGAGCCCACAGCUACCACCAGCCUCGCUACCUGGACGAUGACUACAGCAGACUGGACACUAUCCUGGCUCACGUGUGCGCAGAGACCAGAUCUCAGGUGGAGUUUGAGUCCAACUUGGAGCAGCAGCAGGAGGAUGUGAGCCCCGGCGUUGACAGGCUGUCCCCCGGGUCCAGGCUGCUGUCCCCUGGGUCUCUGUCCUCCAGCUCUCCGCUGAGCUGCGGAGGAGGCAGCGUGUGUGACCGAUCCUCCUCCGACUGUGAUUUCUGGCGUCCCCCGUCUCCCUCCUCCUCACCAGAUUCAGAGAAGUGCUCCACUCCAGCAGCAGAGGACGGCCACCACUUCAACAUCCCGCUCUUCCCUUACUCCUGGACGGCGUACUCCAGCUCCGAGCUGAGGCAUCUGGUCCAGGGCUCGUAUCACCAUCACCGUCACCUCCAGGGUCACCUCCAAGGUCACCUCCAGGACCACAGGGAGCCUCACUCGCCCGGCAGCAUCUACCAGGACUUCUCUCCAACGGCCCACCAGAUGUGCAGGAUGCGGGACGGAGACGAGCUGGAUGUGGAUGUAAAGCAGAAGCCCCGCGGUGCAGAGAUCAAGUCUGAAAAUGACUUUAUUUGCUCCAACAUCGAGCCAAGUGGAUCCUAUAAGUGCAUCAAAUGUUGCAAGGUGUUCUCCACUCCUCACGGGCUGGAGGUUCAUGUGCGUCGGUCGCACAGCGGGACGCGGCCGUUUGAGUGCGGGAUCUGCGGGAAAACCUUCGGCCACGCAGUGAGCCUGGAUCAGCACAGAGCAGUUCACUCGCAGGAGAGGAGCUUCAGCUGUAAAAUCUGCAGCAAAAGCUUCAAGCGUUCCUCCACGCUGUCCACGCACCUGCUCAUCCACUCGGACACACGGCCUUAUCCGUGCCAGUACUGCGGGAAGAGGUUCCACCAGAAGUCAGACAUGAAAAAACACACUUUCAUCCACACAGGUGAGAAGCCCCACAAGUGUCAGGUGUGCGGGAAGGCCUUCAGUCAGAGCUCCAACCUCAUCACGCACAGCAGGAAACACACAGGCUUCAAACCUUUCGGCUGUGACCUCGGCUGCGGGAAAGGUUUCCAGAGGAAGGUGGACCUGAGGAGACACAAGGAGACGCAGCACGGACUCAAAUGAUGCUUUAACAUGAAAUCCUGCACUUUGAAUGUACUCUGACUGUUCAUAUGGUUUAUUUUAUUCUAUCGUUUUGUUGCAUUGGGCUACUUUUUUUUCCUAUUGUUGAAUGUAGUUAAUUAUUUAGCCUGAGAUAUUCUGGUUGAUUUUAUGGAAAUAAAAGUUUAUUUAUCGA